AUGAUUUCAUCAUCAUCAUCAUCAUCAUCAUCAUCAUCAUCAUCAUCAUCAUCAUCAUCAUCAUCAUCAUCAUCAUCAUCAUCAUCAUCAUCAUCAUCAUCAUCAUCAUCAUCAUCAUCAUCAUCAUCAUCAUCAUCAUCAUCAUCAUCAUCAUCAUCAUCAUCAUCAUCAUCAUCAUCAUCAUCAUCAUCAUCAUCAUCAUCAUCAUCAUCAUCAUCAUCAUCAUCAUCAUCAUCAUCAUCAUCAUCAUCAUCAUCAUCAUCAUCAUCAUCAUCAUCAUCAUCAUCAUCAUCAUCAUCAUCAUCAUCAUCAUCAUCAUCAUCAUCAUCAUCAUCAUCAUCAUCAUCAUCAUCAUCAUCAUCAUCAUCAUCAUCAUCAUCAUCAUCAUCAUCAUCAUCAUCAUCAUCAUCAUCAUCAUCAUCAUCAUCAUCAUCAUCAUCAUCAUCAUCAUCAUCAUCAUCAUCAUCAUCAUCAUCAUCAUCAUCAUCAUCAUCAUCAUCAUCAUCAUCAUCAUCAUCAUCAUCAUCAUCAUCAUCAUCAUCAUCAUCAUCAUCAUCAUCAUCAUCAUCAUCAUCAUCAUCAUCAUCAUCAUCAUCAUCAUCAUCAUCAUCAUCAUCAUCAUCAUCAUCAUCAUCAUCAUCAUCAUCAUCAUCAUCAUCAUCAUCAUCAUCAUCAUCAUCAUCAUCAUCAUCAUCAUCAUCAUCAUCAUCAUCAUCAUCAUCAUCAUCAUCAUCAUCAUCAUCAUCAUCAUCAUCAUCAUCAUCAUCAUCAUCAUCAUCAUCAUCAUCAUCAUCAUCAUCAUCAUCAUCAUCAUCAUCAUCAUCAUCAUCAUCAUCAUCAUCAUCAUCAUCAUCAUCAUCAUCAUCAUCAUCAUCAUCAUCAUCAUCAUCAUCAUCAUCAUCAUCAUCAUCAUCAUCAUCAUCAUCAUCAUCAUCAUCAUCAUCAUCAUCAUCAUCAUCAUCAUCAUCAUCAUCAUCAUCAUCAUCAUCAUCAUCAUCAUCAUCAUCAUCAUCAUCAUCAUCAUCAUCAUCAUCAUCAUCAUCAUCAUCAUCAUCAUCAUCAUCAUCAUCAUCAUCAUCAUCAUCAUCAUCAUCAUCAUCAUCAUCAUCAUCAUCAUCAUCAUCAUCAUCAUCAUCAUCAUCAUCAUCAUCAUCAUCAUCAUCAUCAUCAUCAUCAUCAUCAUCAUCAUCAUCAUCAUCAUCAUCAUCAUCAUCAUCAUCAUCAUCAUCAUCAUCAUCAUCAUCAUCAUCAUCAUCAUCAUCAUCAUCAUCAUCAUCAUCAUCAUCAUCAUCAUCAUCAUCAUCAUCAUCAUCAUCAUCAUCAUCAUCAUCAUCAUCAUCAUCAUCAUCAUCAUCAUCAUCAUCAUCAUCAUCAUCAUCAUCAUCAUCAUCAUCAUCAUCAUCAUCAUCAUCAUCAUCAUCAUCAUCAUCAUCAUCAUCAUCAUCAUCAUCAUCAUCAUCAUCAUCAUCAUCAUCAUCAUCAUCAUCAUCAUCAUCAUCAUCAUCAUCAUCAUCAUCAUCAUCAUCAUCAUCAUCAUCAUCAUCAUCAUCAUCAUCAUCAUCAUCAUCAUCAUCAUCAUCAUCAUCAUCAUCAUCAUCAUCAUCAUCAUCAUCAUCAUCAUCAUCAUCAUCAUCAUCAUCAUCAUCAUCAUCAUCAUCAUCAUCAUCAUCAUCAUCAUCAUCAUCAUCAUCAUCAUCAUCAUCAUCAUCAUCAUCAUCAUCAUCAUCACGAGAGUAG